GUACACAUCGCGUGCCGCAUAGGCCGAGGAAAGAACAACCAGUCCAGUUCCUGCAUACCACAAAAUGUCCACGUUCGGCUUAUGGUACGCCUGAUUCGCUUCCGAGGCCACAUCGACCUUGCCGGCGAGUCGUCUCGAGCUCCUCAGAGCACAUAUCCGGCGCACGUGCAUCGAGAACGGCCAUGGAUGGCAGCGUCACGCCGUCGGGGUCUGCCUCGCUCUCUGCUGCCACUCAACAGCUCGCCGCCCAAGUCAGCCUGCACGCACCGGACAGCAGCGUGACUCCCGACUCCGCUCGGUCGACCUUGAGUAUGCUCGGAGGUCUGACUCUGGGCAUCUUCACAGUCGUGCCUAGCAUACUGUACUGGACCAUCACAUUUGUGACAUAUACGCUGCCGACAUGGCUCUUCUCCUUCCUGUCAACCAGCAUGACCUUUACGAUGAACAUGACGACUCUGUUGCUAGUCCUGGUCGUUAUGGCUUCGACGGUCAGCUGGUUCGUGAGAUACAGGUUCUUGAACAUGUAUUCUCGUCUGCCACCAGAGCCACAGCGAAAAGAGCCACAAAUUGAGAUAUUUCCAGGAUCCGAGGAGAAUGAUUCGAAGCCUGGCCUGGGGAAUUACUUUGAUGAGUUUCUCAGUGCAAUCAAGGUCUUCGGGUAUCUGGAAAGACCGGUCUUUCAUGAACUCACGCGAACGAUGCAGACUAGGAAGCUCAUUGCCGGGGAAACUCUCCUGCUGGAAGAGGAGAAGGGUUUCUGCUUGGUGGUGGAUGGUCUUGUGCAAAUCUUCUUCAAGUCCAACCGCGACCAGGACAGCGAUUCGGCGAACGAGAAUGGCGCGGACGAAGAUCACGUCGAAGAUCGAGGAAGCGGUCAUGGGAGUUAUCAGUUGCUCACUGAGGUCAAGAAUGGGGCCCCGAUGUCCUCGCUUUUUUCAAUUCUAGCACUGUUCACCGAAAACGUCAAGCUCAGGUUCGAUGAGGACGAACAUCUAAAUACCAGUGGAUCCAGUGGAAAUCUCAAACACCAAUUUCGCAUGCCGCCGCAUGCUGAAAAUGGAACUCCAGAACUGGGGACAGACGGCGGCAGGCAUUGGGUAGGUGGUUCUCGUCCUGCCUCGAGGCAGAGAACUUCGUCCAAUGCGCACAACGGUGGUUACCCUUACUCUUCGCGAGAGCCACCCCCUCUCACCUUGGACGGCAGUGCUAGCACGGACGACGGCAUUCAGCACCAGCAUAGUCGCAGACCUAGCUACGCUCGCGCUGAUAGCACACGUACCAGGAAACGGAAGCAAGCAUCCGCACAUCCAGACAUCGUGGCUCGUGCCACUGUUGAUACCACAAUUGCAAUCAUUCCUGCUAGCGCAUUUCACCGCAUCACGAGAAUGUACCCCAAGGCAACAGCCCACAUUGUGCAAGUCAUCUUGACUAGAUUGCAGCGCGUCACGUUGGCCACUGCGAGUUCGUAUCUGGGACUGACCAGUGAUGUGCUCAGGACAGAGCGCUUGAUGGACAGGUAUACAAGUUACGAUCUGCCAGAUUUUCUGAGGGGCGAAGCAAUGUCCCGAUUGAAGGACAAAUUCCGCAAAGAUCUGGAGCGUGUGGAGCCAGAGGAACUCACGAAAGGGAUUGCUCUACACAAUCCGCGAAUUGCUCAGCGGAGGCGUACUAGUAGCACACUGCAAAGGGACGUGGCUAUGCGCGCGCGUAUGAGCGCCGCCAACUCUAUCGAGGUCGGCCGCGAACGAGGAGGUAUGAGCGCUGGCGACCUUUUGACCAAUAUACAUGCACAACGCGACUCUGGCCGUGUCCGAGGUGAGCGUGGCAGCUUCUCCCACCCAUACUCCACACCACGAAUCAACGGCGAAGAUAUAGACCUGACGUCGAGGAGAGACGGACGAGAGCAUUUCUCCCCACGCAUGAACCCACGAGCAACUUUGCAUCGCCAAGAGUCCAUAGAUGAGGAUGCCAUCUUUCGCGAAUCCAUCAUGGACUGUAUGGCGAAGGCAAUUGGUCUCACGAAUUCUAGAGAUGGCGGGAGGAUGCCCGAAUCUGUUGCGCAAUCGCCGCGCUUAGUAUCGUACGACAGGCGGAGUCAGAGCGCCGUGUUCAAUAACGCUGCUUUCGGGUUCAUGGAUUCAUUUGAUGGAUCGCAGGACGACGGAGACUCGGUAGCUUCGGCGUCUGCGUUUAGUGUUGGCGGUUCAGCAAACAUCAUGGAAGAUCUGAAGAAUGAAAUCGAAAUCGUGUAUUUCCCCAAAGACUCCGUCUUGGUGGAGGAGGGCGAGCGUAAUCCUGGCAUCUACUAUGUGAUCGACGGCUUCCUCGAUGUGAGCGCAUCAAUGGAGCAGGAAGCGCACUCCAAUGUGCUUGGCACGCUCGCUCGGCCUGGUGGUGCGGAGUCGGCGGAUCUGUUUGGCCCAAAGUCACUACCAUCAGAUGACAAGAGAUCGUCUUCAGUCGGCGCGUCAGAGCAUCACAAAAGGAAAAAGUCCGGCCGAAUCCCCAAAAGCCUUCAUCUGAUCAAGCCGGGAGGUCUCGCGGGGUAUUUGGGCACUGUAUCUUCCUAUCGUUCGUUGAUCAAUGUCAGCGCCAAGACUGACGUCUAUGUUGGAUUUCUGCCGCGAAUGGCCAUCGAGAAGAUUGUUGAGCGGCAUCCGGUCGUAUUGUUGACGAUGGCGAAACGAAUCACCAGCCUGCUACCACGGCUCAUCCUCCACAUAGAUUUUGCGUUGGAGUGGGUACAGGUGAAUGCUGGACAGGCCAUCUACAACCAAAACGAAGAGAGUGACGCCAUCUACAUCGUGCUCAACGGCCGCUUGAGAGCGAUUCAAGAGAAUGAAGACAACAAGAUGAAGGUGAUUGGUGAAUACGGCCAAGGCGACAGUGUCGGCGAGCUGGAAGUCUUGACGGAGUCGACCAGACCCGGUACGCUGCACGCCAUCAGAGACACAGAGCUUGCCAAGUUCCCGAAGACGCUCUUCAACAGUCUGGCACAGGAGCAUCCUGGCAUCACGAUCAAAGUGUCGAAAAUCAUCGCUUCUCGCAUGCGAGCACUGAUCGAGAAUCCCAUGAAUGAGCACGAAAGUUACAACAAGCUGAAAGUCCAGAGACCGAAGGUCACGACGACGUCAAAUUUGAGGACUGUGGCUGUGAUACCGUGCACAGCCGGCGUGCCGGUUGUAGAGUUCAGCAACAAGCUUCAAGCAGCGUUGAAUCAAAUUGGGACGCCAAACGGCGUCUGCGUCCUGAACCAAAGCUCGAUUCUCAAUCACCUCGGACGGCAUGCAUUCAGCAAAAUGGGUAAACUGAAGUUAACCCAAUACCUGGCUGAUCUCGAAGAGAAGUAUGGCAUCGUCAUCUAUGUCGCUGAUACCAGCGUCAAGUCGCCCUGGACACAAACAUGCAUCAGCCAAGCUGAUUGCAUCUACCUUGUGGGCCUUGCUGAAGGUUCGCCAGCCGUCGGGGAGUACGAGCGCUUCCUGCUCACUACGAAAACAACAGCUCGAAAAGAGCUCAUACUGCUGCAUAGCGAGCGGUAUUGUCCCUCGGGCACGACGAGAUCUUGGCUUCGCAACAGGUCCUGGAUCAGCGGCUCGCACCAUCACGUUCAAAUGGCCUAUCGAGCUACACCAGAGCCCGUCCAUCCUCACACGGCUGGCAAGCGGCUCGGUAACGCCAUCAAGCAACGUGUGCAAGUCAUUCAGGCCGAAAUCCACAAGUACACAUCGCGGAGGGUCAGACAAACUCCUCUCUUUUCCGCCGAAACGCCGUUCAAGGGCGACUUCCAUCGUCUGGCGCGUCGCCUUUGCGGCAAAUCAGUCGGGCUCGUUCUUGGCGGAGGCGGCGCUCGUGGCCUUGCGCACGUCGGUGUGAUUCGAGCUUUAGAAGAAGCGGGCUUGCCCAUUGAUAUCAUAGGCGGCACGUCCAUCGGUGCUUUCGUGGGCGCCGUGUAUGCACAAGACGCGGACGUCGUGCCCAUGUAUGGGCGUGUCAAGAAGUUCGCAGGUAGAAUGGGCAGCAUGUGGCGAUUCGCAUUGGACGUCACGUAUCCUUCAGCUUCCUACACCACCGGACACGAGUUCAAUCGCGGCAUCUUCAAGACGUUUGGCGACAGUCAAAUCGAGGAUUUCUGGUUGGAGUAUUAUUGCAACAGCACCAACAUAUCCAAGAGUAGACCAGAAGUCCACACCAGUGGUUAUGUAUGGCGAUACAUACGCGCCAGCAUGUCAUUGGCGGGGCUACUACCGCCUAUGUGUGAUGAAGGAUCUAUGCUGCUCGAUGGAGGCUACACAGACAACCUGACAGUCUCCCACAUGAAGGCAUUAGGCGCGGACCAGAUAUUUGCAGUCGAUGUUGGCUCUCUCGAUGACGAUACGCCUCAAGCAUAUGGCGACUCGCUUUCGGGGUUCUGGGCUUCGAUCAAUCGAUGGAACCCUUUCAGUUCCUACCCCAACCCACCCACAUUGAGUGAGAUACAAGCACGAUUGGCUUACGUAUCGAGCGUCGACAAUCUGGAACGAGCCAAGAACAUCCCAGGGUGUCGAUACAUGAGACCCCCGAUCGAAAGUUAUGGUACGCUGGACUUUGGGAAAUUUGAUGAGAUCUACCAAGUUGGCUACCAGUACGGCAAGAAGUUCCUGGCCGACUUGCGAGAUGAGGGCGUGCUUCCCGGGUUAGAGGCUGUCAGUGAGGAAGAAAGAAAUCUCAGGAGAACGAUGGCACCUCGGAGAGCUAGUAUCUGAGCGAUGCUCCAUGCUGAAGAACAGUACAUGGAUGUAUUGCGGACACCAGCCCAGAGGUAUUGCGAGGUUAGCUGACCAUAGGAUUGCGAAAGAUGUCGUACGUUCUCCGAAUGCAGAACCUUAGCUACCUAGGUGGAGGUAGUUGACAAAGCCGUAAUUCCGGCGCGAUGAUGUGCUCACCGGCGUGGCAAGGUAUGAGCGAUUUUGAUUUUCACGAUACCCACAGUAUAGCAGCAGAAUCAGGCAUUCACAGGCGAUCAUGUGUCUGUCUUCC